UCCCCUGUCUUUACGUAUAUAACUCUUUCUGAAACCUAUAUCAUUACCAACGCGCUCACUAACAAGUUUACUACUCGACAGCUCUCAAAAUUGAGGAUACGUAAACGGCGUAAACAGGCAACGUCCAGAAAGUAAUGGCGGCACCUUGCACCGCAUAGAGCGCCGAGCUCAUGGUCGAGCUGCUUUGCCGGCUUUGCCACACUCCGCCAUUGAUCUCUAUAUUGCUCUCCGCCACCCCGCCAAAGUUGAGUGGAGUGUCGGAGACCUCUUUUCAACAGAAUGAAAAAACAUUUCAAGGGCACAGCAAUGCACAAUUUUGAAGGGCUGUUCUCAUGUUAGCCAUCAAACGCAUGUGAAAUUAUUAGGAACGAAACUAUACAUAUGCAUCUACGUAUCCUUCGAUUCAUCUACCCAAAGCCGUAUGCAGCCAACGCCACUGAUCUCAAUGGCCAACGCAGGCGCGUACGCGCGUACUUUCGGAACGGAUACGUCUUUGGCUUUGCUUGGUUUCGUCCACAAUUGUCAUAGAGAUCAGUGUCGUCCACGUACUAUGAGAAGCGGCAACUCUUCAGAUAGCGGCCAUUUUACACCUCCGGCCCCCUCCAAAAAGAAAAAAAGUAUAUACAAGCUCGUUGAAUACAGCAUGGGAAUGUACCUACAUCGUUGGAAAGUACUAAGGGUAAUCAUUUUGCUUUCUGGAAAAAAAUGUGUUUUACACCUGGCCGCUGGAAAUUGGAAUAAAAAAAAAAAAUGCUGCAAGCAAAAAACGCAACUAAUUUCUACGUGUGUUUCUUAGUAUAUUAUUUAUGAUGUUAUGUUAUGUAUUAAGACCAAUGAGAAAUACACAAAGGUCUUUUUUUUACUUUCUUUUUAGUAUCUACUGGUUGUUUGGUGAUCUACUGAUAUGUAUGGGGCCCAUCUACUGACUUCGAUUUUUUUUUCCAUCUGGUAACGCUGGUCCAGCAUUUGCUGGCACUGCUCGCAGCGCGUGGAGGGCUGUCACGGCUUCACUUUACGUUGGCUGCGCUCAUGUGGAGUGGCCGCGUGGGCACCUGCUUCGGUUCCCCGUCCUGACCACGUUGUCCCCACUCACGUGGUGUGGCCGUGUGGACACUUGCUUCGGUUUCCCGUCCUGACUAACGAAACAGCCACUGCAGAGCAUCACAUCCGAGCGACGUCGUACGCAUCCAAAGAUGCCAGGUGUCCGAUACUUCCGGUGCCCAAGGUGUGCGUCCCACAUUUUUUCGUUGAGGGCACUAUUCAGGCACUUUCACUCAGUUCAUGGGUACGAAAGCAACUGGGUGUGCGGCCUAAGUGGCUGCAUGCGGACAUUUAAACUCUUCGCUUCCUAUAAAAAACAUGUGUACAGAAAUCACCCUGGAUCAGUCGAAAGAGAAAGAGCCGUGGGAGCGAAUGAACUGGUGGAUGCAGCACCGAGUGUUGGGGAUGCCUUUCAAAGUGAUGACGUUGGUGUACAGAGUAAUCCGGACGCAGAAGAAAGGCAAGAGGAGCUGCGUACAGAGACUUCACAAGUGUGUGAAUCCACCCAGGGUCCAAGCGGCUGUGUAAAGCAGCUGGCUCUCCUUCUUCUCAAGUGGAAAGAGGGAAGGCGACUUCCAGAAUCAACCUUAGAUGAAAUCACAAAUGAUGUGAUUUCUUUCGUAAAAUCCAUUUUGGAACAUAAACAACUCCAGCUCAACAACGAGGUGGCCGCCAACGUGAGGGAGCUAUUCUGUGUUGACGAACUGGACCGGCUACUGACGACAGCUGGCCGGAACGCGUUCUGGAGGACACAUCUUCCACUUGUUGAGCCCCGUACAGUAGUGCUAGGAACCAACAGCAAUGGAAAAGACGACACCAUGGAGUAUGUGCCGCUCUGUGAUCUCCUCACGUGUAUCCUUGAACAUCCAACCUUAUCGGGUGACUUUAAUGCUUACACAAAGGUUGACAACCAUAUGUGUUCUGUGUUUGAUGGCAGUGCAUUUCGCGACCAUGCCUACUUUGAAGGUGACCAUCACAAAAUCUGCCUGCAGUUAUAUACUGAUGAAUUUGAGGUGUGCAACCCUUUGGGCAGCAAAAGAGGAAAGCAUAAGAUGACCGCCGUGUAUUUCUCAGUGCUGAAUUUUCCUGCAAGGUUCCGCUCUGCGCUAUCAGGAAUGCACCUGGCACUUUUAGUGAAUGACCACCAUGUGGACUCCUAUGGUCUGCCUAAGAUUCUUGCACCUUUGCUUGAGGAUGUGAGCAGAUUAGAAACUGAAGGCAUAGUUGCAAACGGAAAAGUGAUGAGAGGGUCAGUCUUUGUUUUGACUGGGGAUAAUCUGUCGAGCCAUAGAAUGGGAGGCUUUAAACGUAGUUUCAACAAAGGUAGGAUUUGCAGGUUCUGCAUGGCCGUGCACUGUGAAAUCAACUACAAGCACCUGGAGACCGAUUUCGUGCUGCGCACACCGGAAGGUCACGAGCAUCAUAUGAACAUGUUGAAGGCUGGACUGCCAACUGCAUCAUUGUAUGGGGUCACUGCAGCUUGUGCUCUUACAUGCCAGGGGUUCAAUGCCACACAGCAUUUUCCGCCUGACGUUAUGCACGACUUGCACGAGGGUGUUAUACCAUUUGCACUAAGACACAUCAUUUCUUCCUUAAUAUCACAAGGACUUUUUACUCUUGCACAGUUAAACAAGGAAAUUAGUGAGUGGAAUUAUGACCCUUGUGAUGCGCGAAAUAAGCCAGAGCCUAUUUCUAGUGAAUUUCUUAAAGGAAAGGCAACCAUGAAAGGAUCAGCCACGCAGGUCUUUUGCCUAUUUCGUCAUCUAACCUUUUUCGUUGGCGAAUGUGUUCCAACAGAACACGAAGUAUGGCAACUUUACUUGCUUUUUCGCGAAAUCAUGGAUAUCAUCAUGAGCCGGAAAAUCCCAGUCUCGCACAUUGGCUACCUGCAAAGGAAGAUUCAUUUUUUUUGUCUCGACUUCAAGACAUUGUUCCCAUCUGUUAAAGUUCCUUGCAAAAUGCACUACCUUAUUCACUAUCCGUCGUGCAUGGAAAGGUUUGGACCAUUAGUUGAACUUUGGGCGAUGCGCUUCGAGGGAAAGCACCAAUAUUUCAAAGACAUGGCUCGUAAAAUCCGCAACUUUAAGAGUCUUUCGCACAGUCUAGCAGUGAGGCAUCGGUUUUUGCAGUGUUUCUCUUUUGCAGCUGUUGGUGAGAAGAGCGUUCCCAUCACAACAGGUUGUCGCCCCAUACUUUGUGAACAUCUUCCUGAAUGCGUCAAGGAGUUUAUCUCUCAGCAUGAUCUUGAAACUGUUGAUUCAUUCGUAGCGAACUCUGUGAGCAUAGAAGGCAGGGUCUACAAAACAGGAUGUGUUCUUGUCCAAAGUGUUCCUGACGAUGCUCUGCCCGAAUUUCUGCAUAUAUGUCAAAUUUUUUAUGUUAACAAAGUGCUUUUAUCUUUGGGGAAUGUGCUUGAGACAGUCCGGUUCGACGAGCACUUUCACGUCUAUGUUGUCCGUGCGACGCAAGAAUUCAAAGUUGUAACAUCACUUACAGACUGUACAACAGAACCAUUAUACAUGCGGGAGCACAAAGGACAGACUGUUAUAAGCGCACGUCACUCAUUGCUAUGAGAUUUCAUGGAUCAUUGAAUGGUAGCCCACUCAGUUCUGGUGCUCUCUGCAGAAACUAGCUAAACAACGAUGAGAGACAGUCGAAAAACAGGCAGUGAAAACAACUGUCACCUUUUCUCAGUUGACUCUUGCUGCGAUAACUGGUUGGACAACACACACUGAGUAGAAUUAGCUUUUUGAUUGUUUAAAAUGGUUGGACAAGACAGCUUAUUUUUCUUGGUUUUUUUCUUUUGAUAAAUGUAAAAAUAGAAUGAUGUCACUGUCGACAGUAAAGUCAAAUGUCUCCUUUUUUCUCCUGGUUCUCCAGAUUUUGUGUGAUCUACACCAGGAUACUGCAUUAGCCCAUAUUUUAGGAAGUCUUAUGUCUCGGACUGGUUUUUUAUGGGUUCUGCUUCUUUAUGUGUGUGAGUUCUUGUGCAUGUCGUCAUAUUUUCAAAUCAAUAUUUUUCAUAGGUUGACAUGGUAAUGUGACAGGUUCUGGCAGCAUGUCAUGAAUAUUUGUCAAACAUAUUAUAUUUUGAUUUCAUGUUGUGUUGUCAGAAGUAAACUGGAGACUGAUUUUCUUACUGCUACACUUCGAUCAAUAAAUAUUUGUAAAAAAUGAUA